CUGUUAGCGGGGAUCUGCGGAUCGCUGAGAGACUCUUCGUCCCCCCUCGUCUACCUCCGCGGCUGAUCUCUACUCUGACUCGGCAUGACUCAGGACAGUCAACAUGGCAAGUGGACCAUCUCCAGCAGCGAUGAUGAUGAUGAGGACCUUCCUCUUUCUGGGACUAGUUCAUCUAAAGCCCACCGUCCCGCUGUAUCCAGUCACAGCUCCCCUCUAUCUGGCUCUCCUCCCAGCCCCAAACCAGAACCAGCAAACCCCCCUGUGUCCUCACUUAUUAUUGGCUCUGAGGCAAGACAGUUAGCAGCAGCGCACCAGUUAAAUCCAGUGAAGUAUGAAAGCAGUCCGUCAUUGGCUGGGAAGCGGAAGAAAGAGGUGUCGGACGGCCCAGGCUGGGCUCUCUCAGAUAGUGAUGAUGAUGAUGGAGAUGGAGACUCGAAGGGGAAGAGCCGCAGUAACUUACCGAAGAGGUCACCUCCCAUCCCUAAAACAAAGAAACCAAAGGUGGAGAACGAGCGUCCUCCCAGUCCCCACGGCCGGCUCUACUACAUCGACGAGCCAGAGGACUUCUUUGAGUCCAGUACUCCUUGUCUAAAUGAGACCUACAGGUUUUACCUCAACAAAGUCACAGGCCUGGACAGGAAGUACAACAGCGGAGCCCUGCACAUCAGAGACAUUCUCUCUCCAUUAUUUGGGACCCUGAAAGAGUCUGCUCAGUUUAACUACUGCUUUGAUAUUGCCUGGAUGGUAAAGCAGUUCCCACCAGAGUUUAGGGAUUGUCCAGUUCUGAUCGUCCAUGGAGAUAAGCGGGAGGCCAAGGCCCGGCUGGUGCAGCAGGCUCAGCCUUUUCCACAUAUUCGCUUCUGCCAGGCCAAACUGGAUAUUGCUUUUGGAACUCACCACACGAAGAUGAUGUUGUUGUGGUAUGAGGAAGGCUUCAGAGUCAUCAUUCUGACCUCCAACCUCAUCAGAGCUGACUGGUACCAGAAAACACAAGGAAUGUGGAUGAGCCCCUUGUUUCCACGGUUACCAAAGGGCAGCAGCGAGAGCGCAGGUGAGUCUCCGACCUUCUUCAAGAGGGACCUGCUGGAAUACCUGGCAGCAUACCGCGCACCAGAACUCGAGGAGUGGAUCCAACGAAUCAAAGAGCACGACCUGUCAGAGACCAGGGUUUAUUUGGUCGGCUCAACCCCCGGGAGAUAUGUUGGCUCAGACAUGAAGCGCUGGGGCCACCUGAGGCUGAGGAAGCUGUUGUACGACCACACUGACCCAGUGGCCGGGGAGGAAGAGUGGCCUGUGAUUGGCCAGUUCUCCAGCAUCGGCUCCAUGGGACUGGAUAAGACCAAAUGGUUAAAAGGGGAAUUUCAGCGCACGAUGACCACGCUGGGGAAAUCCUCUCUUCGCUCAGACCCCCCCAUGUACUUGGUGUAUCCAUCAGUGGAUGAUGUGAGGACCAGUUUAGAAGGCUAUCCAGCGGGCGGCUCUCUGCCCUACAGCAUCCAGACGGCUCAGAAACAACUCUGGCUCCACUCCUUCUUCCACCGUUGGAAGGCCAAUGCAACAGGAAGAAGUCAUGCCAUGCCCCACAUCAAGACAUAUAUGAGGACAUCACCAGAUUUCACUCAGCUUGCCUGGUUCCUCGUCACAAGUGCCAACCUGUCCAAAGCAGCGUGGGGUGCACUGGAGAAGAACAACAGUCAGGUGAUGGUCCGCUCAUACGAGCUGGGAGUCCUCUACGUGCCCGCUGCCUUUAACAUGAAGACAUUCCCUCUGCACAAAGAUUCGUUUCCUGCUUCCUCCUCCGCUGGUUUCCCAGUGCCAUUUGACCUCCCCCCCACAUGCUACUCUCCUGAAGAUCAGCCUUGGAUCUGGAACAUUCCGUACAGCCAGGCUCCUGACACACACGGCAACAUCUGGGUUCCCUCCUAACAAAACACACACACACACACACACACACACACACACACACACUGUACAUACCUCUCUAUUACUAUUGUCAGUACUAUAUCUAGGUGUUAAUUGUCACUAACAUUUAUUUUUUUAUUUUUAUACCGCCCUGUAGACUCACAUGUUUUCUACCAAUAAAUAAAAUAAUGUUAUCAUUG